AUGACAACGACAAAUGCCGAUCUAUCGGCGCGAUUUCUCGACUGUUUGGCUGUUGAGCGGAAGGAGAGCUUUGAACAGACUGCAGAGCUUAUCUCGCGCGCGUCGCCGAAAAGUCUGCGUGCCAAUGGACUUGCUAUACUCAAUUUGAGUGUGAGUAAUGUUCGCACAGGUAUUGGGGGCAAACAGAUCAUUGAGCUUGUUCCGCACAGUGCUGUGGCCGGGAAGGAGGAUAGCGGGUUCAAGGCUAGUGAUUUCAAGACUGGUGAUAUUGUCAAACUCGACAGGUAUGGUGCAAGCUCAAAUGCAAAGAAACUUAAGGGUUCUUCCAAGAAACAAGACACAGCAGAGGCACAGGAACUAGCAGUGAACGUUGAUGGUGUUGUUGUUUUUGUUGGCGAUCAGCAGAUCAACAUUGCUGUGAACUACGACUCCACAACGGCCGAGGGGGCCCGGAUCGAGGAACAAAUCUACUCUUUCUACGACACAGAUGUCAAAGUUUGGCUGGUGAAGGUUGAUAAUGAAAUCACAUACAACAGAAUGGAGUCCACAAUGAGGAAGCUGGCUGAGCUGGACGAAAACACAGCAUCCACGUUGGUGAAGUUGGUGUUGGGCAAGACGUCAUUCAUUGCGCCGUCUAUUCGCGAUUCCAAGGGACAAUUAAACUGGCACAAUGUCAAUUUAAACGAUUCGCAAAAACACGCAAUUGAAUUCUCGCUCGCCAGCAAUUUGAGCAUCAUCCACGGUCCGCCGGGAACGGGUAAAACCAGCACGAUUGUGGAGCUUGUCAAGCAAAUGAUCGAGAAAAGACAGAGCGAAUCAACGAAAAGAAUCCUUAUUUGUGGCCCAUCUAACAUAUCUAUCGACACCAUCCUGGAAAGACUCUCAGGGUUUUACCCAAAAGGAUCGUAUUCCAAGCUGGUCAGAAUAGGACAUCCAGCAAGAAUUUUGCCCCAGAUUCUCCGUCAUUCGCUUGAUUUGAUCGCAGAGGAGGAGUCCGGAGAUAUCUUGAAAGGAAUACUAAGCGAGAUCAACAAACUGACGAAAAAGACAAAGAAAACCAAAAGCUACAGAGAGCGACGCGAAAUGUACCAAGAAAUUAAGGAACUGAAGAAAGAUCUUCGCAACAGGUCCAAAAAGGCGUACAGCGACGUUCUGAUUGGGUCUGAGAUCGUUCUUGCUACUCUCCACGGCUCGUCCGCUAGGGAGCUUGUUAAUUGCAUUAGAGACAACGGUGAUCUUUUUGACACGUUGAUCAUUGACGAGGUUUCUCAGUCGUUGGAACCAUCGUGCUGGAUUCCUCUACUCUACCAUCAUUCAUUGAACCAGCUCAUUAUUGCUGGUGAUAACAAACAGCUGGCUCCGACGAUCAAGACCCGCAAGAAUGCUAAAGUGGUCAAUACGCUGUCAAAGACGCUUUUUGACAGACUCAUUCAAGUGCAUCCAAACCAUAAAGAGUUCACCUGUUUCUUGGAGAUCCAAUACCGGAUGAACGAGAAAAUCAUGCGGUUCCCAAGCGACAGUUUGUACGAGGGAAAACUCAAAGCACAUUCGUCGGUCAAGAACAUCAAGCUGGCUGAUUUUCCCUACGUUAAGGCACCGGAAGACGAUGAUAUUGCUGAAGAGAUUAUUUGGUAUGAUACACAAGGAGGGGAUUUUCCUGAGCUGGACUCCGCGGACGACGAUUCCAGCGGACUACAAUCAUCAAAAUACAACGAGGGAGAGUGUUUCUUGGUGCUGAAACACGUUCGUUCUCUGAUUGAAGAACACAACGUGAAGGAAGAAGAUAUUGGUGUGAUUUCUCCAUACAGCGCACAGGUGACAAGCUUGCGCAAGCUAUUGCGCGAAGACAGCGAGCGUCCUUUCCUAAACAUAGAGAUCAGCACAGUGGACGGAUUCCAAGGCAGAGAAAAGGAGAUCAUUAUCUUUUCGUUGGUGAGGUCGAACGAAUCUCACGAUGUUGGAUUUUUGGCCGAUUAUAAGCGGCUGAACGUUUCGAUCACCAGAUGCAAACGCCAACUAUGUGUGGUUGGCGACAUGGAGACCAUCAGCGAGAGUCAGGUCGCAUAUUUGAAGCAGUGGUGCGAUUGGUGCGAACAGAAUGCCGAUAUCAGGUACGCUGAUAUCAGUGAAUUAUAA